UCUCUUAAGUAUUAAAAGCAACUAAAUGUGAGUUGUUUGGAGAGAUGUUAGUUUGAAGAUGUAAAGUGAAGGACCUGAACCCUCCUGGUGUCUGUUAGUAAAAAAAGAAAUCUUUUCUGGACGUCAGCAGAAUGGAUAAGUCGGACAGUCCUGCAACCCGGCGUCGAAAGGCCAAGUUGAUGUUUGGCCUAAAGAAGAAGAAGAAGAAGAAAGUCAACACAGACCUGGUCCUGGCACACAAGGGAGCCGUGGACAGUGAGGUCGAGGUGCCCCCUGAAGAGUCUCUGCUGCUGGAGGGAGAAAACACUGAGGAACCAGGAAGCUCUGAAGUCAAAACCAGAAUAAGACCAAACUAUAAGAGGGCCAAACUGAAAACUUGCAUCCAGAAAAGUGAAGGGAAACCACAGAGCUUUCAGAUUGCCAUCAACAUCACCGAAGGCAGGCAGCUGGUGGGAGAAAACAUCGACCCCAGUGUGGUGAUUGAGAUCGGUGAUGAAAAGAAACAGACUUCUGUCAAAGAAGGGACCAAUGCUCCCUUUUACAAUGAGUAUUUCGUGUUUGACUUCUUUGCACACAAAGAGAUAUUCUUCGACAAAGUCAUCAAGCUGACAGUGAUGCACUCCAAAAUGCUGAGGAGUUUCUGUGUUGGGUCCUUUAAGCUGGAUGUGUGGACAGUCUACAAACAGCCAGGUCACCAGUUCAUCAAUAAAUGGGCAAUGCUGACCAAUCCUGGUGACAUCAGCACUGGAGUCAAAGGUUAUGUGAAGUGUGAUAUCAGCGUCUCGGCGAAGGGAGACGCCAUGCAGCCAGGACAAAAAGCGCAUGAUGCCGAAGAGCAGAUAGACAAGAACCUGCUGAUACCAGAGGGUUUUCCCUCCGAGCGACCCUGGGCUCGUUUCUAUGUGAAGGUGUAUCGAGCUGAAGGCCUUCCCCGAAAUAACUCCAGCAUCAUGGCCAAUGUCACCAAGGCCUUCAUCGGAGACAACACAGCACUCAUAGACCCAUAUGUAGUGGUCAGCUUCUUCAAAAAUAUGGGUCGCACAUCCACUCAGAGGUCCACAGCAGACCCGGUGUGGAACGAGCAGAUCGUCUUCACAGAGAUGUUUCCCCCUCUGUGUCAGAGGCUGAAGAUCCAGGUCUGGGAUGAAGGAAGCAUGAGUGAUGUUGCCAUAGGAACCCAUUAUUUUGACUUGAGGCGCAUCUCCAAUGAACAGGACGGCGACAAAGGAUUUUUACCAACCUUUGGUCCUGCUUGGAUUAAUCUGUAUGGCUCUAACCGAAACUAUUCAAUUGGUGACGACACAGCAGAGCUUAAUGAGGGCAUCGGAGAGGGUGUGUCCUACAGGGGUCGAGUCUACAUGGAGCUGACAGUGGAGAUCCUAUCAGGAGGGAUGGGUUCGGAGUCCAAACUCAGCAGGAUGGCGAAACCACUGAAGGACAUUAAAGCAGGAAAAGGCGGAGGAAAGGAUGGGAAGACGCCUGCAGGAGGAGGAGCAGGAGCAGCAGCAGGAGGAGCUGCUGAUGAUGACAAAGGAAAAGCCGUGGCAGCGGAGGUCCUGCCUGUGGAGGCUCCUUCUGUGCCGAAUCCAGACAACAACGAGAGCUUUCUGCUGUUUGGGGCGUUGUUCGAAGCCACCAUGAUUGACAGGAAAAUUGGAGACAAGCCCAUCAUCUUUGAGUUCUCCAUGGGUAACUACGGUAACACCUUGGAGUCUGUAGGCCAGCCCAGCGCCCCAGUCCCCAGUCCUCAUGUCAGGAGGCGAAAAGCGCUGGACAUCCCAGAAAGCGUUGACUUGUUUGUCCCCUCUUCUCCCCGCACGUCACCCACCUCCCCAUCCUCCCCCCUCCUGCCCAGAGAGUCUACGGAGAGAGAGUUUCCCUCCAUCCCCUCGACCUCUAAGUCCACCACGCCUCCGCUGAGACCGGUCAUCGUCGAAGGAAACAAGUACUUCAUGUAUCUACCCCUGCAGAAGCAGAAGCCGUGUAUCAAUGUUCUGAGUCACUGGGAGAACAGGACCUACCGACUGUACAACUCUAACAUGCUGGAAGAUAUUGCUCAUCUGUUUGAGGAGGGUGUGGCCAGUGCAGCGGAGCUACACAGGAAGUCAGAUCCAAGUGCAGCCAAAGUGCUCAAAACCACCCUGAAAGAAUUCUGUAUGGACGCCAGGAGUUUCAUCACAGCAGCAGACGCCAAGCUGAAAGCGGAGCUGAAGUCAAACUACCUGACGCAGCUGGACAGGAAGCGCCUCACCAUGUGUAAACAGGAACUGGAGAGUAUGAUAGGAGAAGCCCAGUCCUUAGGAAAGAGGAAGAGAAAAACUGGUGGUGUCAAAGAAAUGCUGCAGGAGGCAACAAAACUCACACAAAAACUGCGCUUCCUUGUGGAGGAGCCGCAGCACACAGUGCCUGACGUCUUUGUAUGGUUGCUGAGCAACAACAAGCGCAUUGCAUACGCUCGGGUCCGAGCCAGAGACGUGCUGUUCUCCAGCAGCCAGGAGGCCCGAGGGAUCCACUGUGGCAAAAUUUUAACACUGUUUCUAAAGCCUCCAGGGAAGCGGGGUGCAGGCUUGUCAGUCCAAGCAAAGGUGGAUGUGUAUCUCUGGUAUGGAACCUGUUUGGACUCCAUCUACAUGCUGGAUGACCUACCUGCAGGGUUUAGUCCAGCCAUAGGGGGCGCUGAUGCCAGCUGCCCUCCAACAGCACUGCUCUGCACAGAGCAGCAUCAGUUCCAGUUGAGGUGUCACAUGUAUCAGGCUCGUGGUCUCAUUGCUGCAGACACCUCUGGCCUGUCAGACCCUUUUGCUCGGGUCACCUAUCUGUCAAACAGCCAAACCACCAAUAUUAUAAGUCAGACUCUCAGUCCAACAUGGAAUCAAUGUUUGCCAAUGAGCCGCCUGAUGGUGACUGGAGAUCUGCUGUACAUCCAGGAGGAGCCACCACGUAUUCUCAUCGAGGUGUACGACGACGACACACUGGGUAAAGCGGAGUAUCUGGGAACCACAGUUGCAGUGCCAGAAGUCCGGUUGUCCUCUGACCCCUACACACCUCCAACUCUGCAGUACAGUCCGCUGCACUGUGGCAGCCAGUCAGGGGGAGACCUGCUGGCUGCAUUUGAACUGCUGGAGAUCCCAGAGUCCGGAGAGCAGAGUCUGCCGGCAUUAGAGGAGCGAGAAGGAGGCAUCUAUGCGGUUCCUGCCAACAUUAGACCUGUCCUCAGCACCUACAGACUUGAGGUGUUAUUCUGGGGUCUGAGGGAGCUGAAGAAGGUUCAGUUCCUGUCUGUUGAUCGACCACAGGUUUUCAUAGAGUGUGCAGGUAAAACGCUGCGUUCCUCCGUCAUUCAGAAGUACAAGUCCAACCCAAACUUCACCAUGCUGGUUGAUAUCAUGGAGCUGGAGUUACCAGAGAACGAACUUCUCCAUCCUCCUCUCAGCAUCACUGUCGUGGACUGGCGGGCUUUUGGUCGCAGCACUUUGGUUGGAAACCAUAUUAUCAACAACCUCAAGGCCUUCAAAUACACCCCACCCCCAGCCCCGCCUGCUCCUGUACAGAUACACGAACCACCCACGGUCACAUUAACCACUAGACCCGCUGCGACACCAGAGCCACAAAGCGCUGAGGGACCGUCCCAGGAAGCUGCAGAAACAAGCUCAACUACAGGACUGACAAAUCAGGAUUUCCUGAUCACUGUGGAGGAAGAACCGCCACCUGCACCUGCACCUCCACCUCCGCCUUCACCUCCGCCUCCACCUCCAGCCCCGCCCAGCCCUAAGCCAGAAUCCAGGAAGAAAAGGAUGAAGGACAGCAGCGCAAAGAGCACACGUGGUCGCUCCACCAAGCGGAGGAGACGGACCAUCGCUGACGAAUCAGCAGAGUGUGUCAUCGACUGGUGGUCCAAAUACUACGCAUCUGUAGAGAAACAGGCCAAACAGAAGGACGGCUCUCCAUUCCCCCAGAUCUUUGAAAAAGAAGCUUCGCCGUACCAGGGCUUGCUCAGCGAUGGAAUAGACUCCUUGGUCGGCAGUUUCUCAGAUGGAGACAAAAAGAGGAAGACACAGAAAGGAAGAGGAACUCUGGAGCCGAGCCUCGGGCUGCCUACGAAACUGGCCACACUCAAGCUGUUCAACAAGGAGCUGGAGGCAGAGUUUGGGCCUUUUGAUGACUGGGUGAACACAUACGAGCUGUUCAGAGGGAAAGCCAAUGAGGAAGAAGGGGCAACUGAGGAGAGAUUUGUUGGCAAAUUUAAGGGGAAAUUCUGCCUUUACAAACUGAUUGACGAUGAACCGGAGGACUGGGACGAAGCCACGGACACCGGAGACUUCAGAGUCAGCAGAGGAAUCCCUUCAAACAACCCGGUCCAAGUCCUCAUACGGGUUUACGUCGUCUCCGCAUCUAACCUGCACCCAGCUGAUCCCGAUGGGAAGGCCGACCCUUACAUCGUUAUUCGGCUCGGCAAAAAUGAAAUCAAAGACAGAGACAACUACAUCCCUAAACAGCUGAAUCCUGUGUUUGGAAGGUCUUUUGAGAUUCAUGCAAAGUUUCCUCAGGAGUCUCUGCUGACGGUGGUGAUCUAUGACCAUGACAUGGUGGGAGGGGACGACCUGAUAGGAGAGACUCGAAUCGACCUGGAGAACAGAUUCUACAGCCGACACAGAGCCACCUGUGGACUCCCCACCGAGUACAGCAUAGACGGUUAUAACGCCUGGAGAGACUGUCUGAAGCCGUCCGAGCUGCUGACUAAGCUGUGCAGAGAGAACGAUCUGAGCGAUCCCCAGUUCAGACCUGGACGCAUCACUGUGGCUGGCAAAGUUUUCACUGGCAAGACGCUCUUCAUACAUGAAGAUGAGCCACUGGAGUCCUAUGAGCACCUGUCCCUGAAGAUCCUGCACCGCUGGGCAGAGAUCCCAGUGGUGGGAUGCAAACUGGUACCAGAACACAUUGAGACCAGAACUCUGUUCAACAAGGCUCGGCCGGGCAUGGACCAGGUAUUUGUUUUAACACUGUCUGCCAGAGUACACUGUUCUCCGAGUGCAAUACCUGAUAAGAUCAAAACAUUUUUACAAACUUUACUCUCAGACAACAGAAAGUAUGAGCUGCGUAUGAUCAUCUGGAACACAGAGGAUGUGAUUCUGGAGGACACCAGCUUUCUGACCGGUCAACAGUCCAGUGAUAUCUAUGUCAAAGGCUGGUUGAAAGGUUUAGAGGACGACAGACAGGAGACAGACGUCCACCACAACUCUCUGACUGGUGAAGGAAACUUCAACUGGCGCUUUGUCUUCCCCUUCCACUACCUGCCUGCUGAGAAGGUUGUAGUGGUGAGGAAGAAAGAGCAUAUUUUCUCUCUGGAGAAAACGGAGCAGAAGAUUCCUGCCAUCCUCAUUUUGCAGGUCUGGGACUUCGAGACGCUCUCCUCUGAUGAUUUCUUAGGCACUCUGGAGUUAAACCUCCAUGGUUUCCCUCGGGGGGCAAAGACAGCAAAGUCAUGUAAGACGGAAAUGCUGACGGAUGGCACAGAGAGGAUCUCCAUCUUCCAGCAGAAGAGAGCAAGAGGCUGGUGGCCCUUUAGCAAGUCUGGAGAGCUGACGGGGAAGGUGGAGGCAGAGUUCCAUCUUGUGACGGCUGAAGAGGCGGAGAAAAAUCCUGUUGGCAAAGCCAGGAAGGAGCCAGAACCACUGCCAAAACCAAAUCGUCCAGAUACCUCCUUCUCUUGGUUCGUCAAUCCAUUCAAGUGUUUCUUCCACUUGGUGUGGCGAAGUUACAAGAAGUACAUCAUCAUCGCUUUGGUCUUGCUCAUCUCAGUUCUCUUCCUCUUCCUGCUGUUCUACACGCUGCCAGGAGCCAUUUCCCAGAAGAUAGUCAGUGGAUAAGACACACACACAGAGACUAUGUUCACACUGUAGUUGAGAACAUCCAUCAAAAUUGUAAAUGACUUGCGAUAAUGCAACUGCCCCUCCAAGCCCGACAAUAGAGGUUAUGACUGUGUAUGUCAUAAUAGGCCAGCAUGAACUCUUAUAUAUCGACAGCUCAUGUUAAAGUGACCAAGAGCAUUUUUUACAGCUUUUUACUGUUGCUUCAAAUAUGUGCCAAAAUGUUUGUUUUAAAAAGGAAAAAAAACAAAGUAUGUGUUUGUCACUAAUUUUUAAUGAUUUAUGUCUUACUUCAGUAGAACAAAGGGGCUUGAAGUUAAAAGCCAUUGUCAAGAAUGGAGAGACUAACUAGCAAAUUCAUUUUAGGUCUUCUUGUGGGAAUUAUUAACAAUAACAAAAAUCUAUAAUAUCGUAAGCCUACGCCUUUAAAGCAUAGGUUUGUAUCUUUUAAAGUGUAAAUACAAUAUCCGCAUGCCAUACGUAUGUACGUAUGUAGUAUGAAGGGAUGAUCACAGCAGCCAGUAACUCUUUAAAUGUACCACAGUGAAGUUUUAAACUCGACUUACAAAAAUCUGAACCUAUAUUUUUAAGCUUAUUUACAUUUUAUCUGUUAAGAAAGAGACAAGCUUUGUUAAAUGAAAGUUCAUCACAGUGCUUAUUUUUGCUGACAAUUUUAUUAGAAGUGAACACGGUAUUAGGCGUCUCAUGUUUUAUCUGCAAAUCAAUCUUUUGUAUAUUCUGGUCAAACUUACAUAAUGAGCAUUUUUUUCUUAGCAGCCUUCACGUUUUGGUAUGAAACAACUUUGCAAGUCAAUGUAAUACUUCUCAGGUAAUUUUCCUCGGAACACUUUAAUUUAAACUCCACAAUAAAGUGCAAUAACUACAAUCACUGUGUCCAAUAUUUACAAGACAGCCACAUGCACACUAAAAAAACAUGAUAAAUAUUCCCUGUUGCAAUAUAUUUUACACCCAGGAAGGGACAUAAAGGGGAAAAAUUAGGGUUGAAAGAAAACUACUUUUGAGAAAUCUUGCAAAUUUUUAGGUUAACGUACUAUCAAGUCAGUGGAAUAGAUUUCAUUUAAAAUUGAUCUCAGGUAUAAAUUCACACGAGUGAAACAACUGGAGAAUAGGGCUGGAUAUCACCACUGAUAUCC